UUUAUGCCUCUUAGCUGGUUUUGCUGUGGGUGCAAGAAAUAAUGUGCCCAAUGCUUGUUCAUUGUAGUUUAUGAGUUGGGUUUAAUCUGAAAGGAACCAAGAAAACAUGGUUUCAGAGUUUUUUUAAUUCAAUAAUGUUGAAGAAAGAUGUGUUCUUUAGCAUGCCCAUCUCCUAAAAUGUCUUGGGUGCAAUCUGAAACCAAGUUAAAAGCUGUUGUUUUGAAUUAUUACCAUGCUCACUCUUUACUUUCUUCUUCUUCUUUCUCCUCUCCUCCAUUGCCGUUCAGCAAUGAUUACCAAAAGCAGCCAGACCCUCUUCCCUCGUCAUCUUCAGCUAGUAAAAUAAGCCCAGCUGUCUUAUUCAUCAUUGUUGUUCUGGCGGUAAUAUUUUUCAUAUCUGGUCUGCUUCACUUGCUUGUUAGAUUUCUCAUGAAGCAUAGGUCUCCCUCAUCUUUAUCAGAAUCUGAAAGAUACCCAGAAAUGUCAGGUACUGAUGCUUACCAAAGACAGUUACAGCAACUCUUCCAUCUUCAUGAUUCAGGUCUAGAUCAAUCUUUCAUAGAUGCUCUGCCUGUGUUUCUUUACAAGGAAAUAAUGGGGUUGAAAGAGCCAUUUGAUUGUGCAGUUUGUCUAUGUGAGUUCUUGGAAGAAGACAGGCUGAGAUUACUUCCUUUGUGUAGUCAUGCUUUCCAUAUAGACUGCAUAGACACAUGGUUGAUGUCAAACUCCACUUGCCCCCUUUGUAGAGGGACCAUUUUCACACCUGAGCUCCCAAUUGAGAACCCAGUUUUUGACUUUGAAUAUCCAAGGGAGGAAACUAUGUUAUCAAGCAAUGGAGGAAGUGGGGUGUCUCUUGGCACUAAACCAGCAGAGAAUGACAUUGGAAAGAGGGUGUUUUCUGUCAGAUUAGGCAAAUUUAGAAGUUCAAAUGAAGGAAAAGGGAGAGAAGUAGAAGAAGGGGAGACCAGUAGCAGUAAUUUGGAUGCAAGGAGAUGUUACUCAAUGGGGUCAUUCCAAUAUGUGGUUGCUGAUGAGUUGCAAGUGACUCUAUGCCGCCCCUCUAGAGGAAGCAAUGACACUGCUAGUAGUAUGAAGCUUGUGAAAGGAAGAGGUGGAAACAAUGGAAAUUCAUCAAAUUAUGGAGAUUUUGAGGGAAAGAAAAUUAACUUGACAAGUAAAGGGGAAAGCUUUUCUGUUUCCAAGAUCUGGCAAUGGUCUAAGAAGGGUAAAUUCCCAAGUUCUUCAGAUACCAUAGGCUCUUCUUCAUCUAUUUCUGUUGGUUUGCCAUGUACUGAUACUAGAACUCAAGUUACCUAAGGUAUUUACUGAAUACAAUAGAAGUGGCUUGGUGAUAUGAUUAGAGAAGACAGAACUGCUGGCGUCUGAUUGUUGUUUUGUUCCUAUAAAUUACUUAGAUAGGCAUGCGACACUUGACUAUAUGACAAGAGCAGGAAACAAAGGUGACAGCAAUGUGAGCCAAAAGUCAAAACAAAAGUGAUGCAAUGAGCAAUGCAUGACAGUCAGGCAUGAGGGUAUUUGGUAAGCUAAAUAGAUCACGAUAAUAACAACUCCAUGAGAGAGAAAGAAGCACACAAGUCAAAACAUAAGUCUUGUUUACAGGCUCAAUGUUACAGUAAAAAAAAGACAAACAGAUAGCAUAUGGAUUAUUGAGAUUUGGUGGAAGAAGAAUCCAAGGUCUCUUAUUGU